CAGAGCGCAGCGCAUCUCCUCGCCGGCGUGCCAGUCGGCUGUGUCUCUCACUGCAGUCCUGCUGUCUCGAGCGGCUCCAACCUAUCGAGUAAUCCGCGCUCCUAAUGCAUUCUUGGAGCACUAUCCCCGCUGACACAAGUAACGGAGGCAUGGAUAGCUUGGCAGCUGCCAUGACUUUCUCUUUCCAAGUAAUCGCGUUAAGCUCUCUGCAUCGCUCAAUGAUGGGUCAUCAGAAUUAGCCACGUGAAUAAAGGCAUAAGAUUCUGCAGUUUAUUCUGUGUCAUUCACAGGCGGCAGCAAACAGAAUGGAUUUAACUGAGGUGGAAAGCAUGUCUGGCUUCUUGGAAACGUUUGAGACACAAUAAGUUCUUGUCGCACAGGAGUGGCAAGGCACCUUGUCGUAUUUGUUGAGCGGUGGAAUAUAUUCGUUUAAAUUUUCAUUCUUUUCUCGUAUGGGAACGGUUUCAUCAUACUGAAUUAAGGAUGUCCAAGAGCACAGAAAGUACUGCAGAAGACCUAUCCAAGCUACCAGACGAAGAGCUUAUUAAGUGGAGUAAGGAGGAGUUGAUCCGCAGACUCCGGCGGGCUGAAGCAGAGAAAAUGAGCAUCAUGUUGGACCACAGCAAUCUUAUCAGAGAGGUCAACCGGACACUGCAGCUGCACCUAAACGAAAUCAGGGGACUCAAGGACAUAAACCAGAAGCUGCAAGAAGAUAACCAAGAGCUCAGAGACCUGUGUUGUUUCUUGGAUGAUGACAGACAAAAAGGAAAAAAAGUGUCACGAGAGUGGCAGAGACUAGGCCGCUAUAGUGCUAGUGUGAUGCGAAAGGAAGUGACCUUGUAUUUGCAAAAACUGAAGGAGCUUGAGGUAAAACAAGAAGAAGUAAUAAAGGAAAACCUGGAGCUGAAGGAGCUUUGUUUAAUGCUUGAUGAAGACAAGAGUGGUGGUGCAGGUAGUCGGAACUCAAUAGAUAGCCAAAACAGCCUAGGUCAGAUAUCUGCUGCUGGUACAAGCCUGCUGAGAGAUGUGGGUGAUGGCAGUAGUACCUCCAGCACUGGUAGCACAGAUAGCCCUGAUCAUCAUCAUCAUAAACAUAUCAGUACAGGCAGUCCUGAACACCUACAGAGAUCAAGAAAUGAGAACAGUUCGGAAAAGCAUAGAAGUGGAAGCCCAGAGUACCCUCCCAAGGCCAAAUGUAGUGGAAGUACUGACCCGAAGCAUCUGAGAGGAGCAAGUCCUGAACAGAAUAAGGUUUUGGGAAAAGGAAGCCCUGAACACCAAAAACAGCCUGGUGCUAGCUCUGAAAAUCUGCAGAAGCAUCUUGUAAGUGGCAGUGGCAGUCCAGAGCAUUUCCAGAAGCGCAGGGGCAGUGCUAGCUCAGAACAUCAAAAACUCAACAAUGUCAGCUCUGAACUCCUUCAAAAAAAGUCAUUAACUGCUAGUCAGGAGCAUCUACCAAAACCCAGGGGGACAAGCCCAGAACAGCUCAAACAUCAGUUUACUGGAAGUCCAGAGCACCACAAACACCCUGGAGGGAGUGCAAGUAGAGAUGGGAUGCAGAGAAGGCAAGCCACAGAUGAAAUAUCACCUCAUCACCGGAGUAUAUACAACGGAAUGAAUGCACUUAUAUCUGCUGGAUGUUGCACAACAAGCUGUAGAAGUGUCAAGCUCUGGGACAGCUUUGAUGCAUCUUGACAAAAACCCCUGGAGCUAGUUAUUUGCACCCAGGUCUAAACUGGAACUAAUUUGCUCACAAGCCUGUAGCAGGCAUGAUGCACUGAACCUCUAUCAAAAACCUGAGGAAGCCUCUAUUAAACCUUCACGAAGAUGAACAUUACGGAAUUUCUUCAGUAACCAUUAGAUGGACUGCCUUCGAUUGUUUCAGUUUCCUUGUUUUAUUCAGUAACCGUCUUGAUCAGUCCUGGCAUUAGUUUGAUGAAAUCCUGUUGUCAUAACAGUGUCCUACCUCCUGUAAAAGAUCAUCUGUUAUUUUUAUAUUAACAAUGAUUGAGAAAGGGGGCAAAGGUUUCUUUAAUUUAGUGAAAAUAUAAAGGACCCACUAGCUAUGUGAAAUACUAAUUAAAAGUUGUAAACCCUACAAUAAUUACAGAUUUUUGAAAACUCUGUUUAUAGUUUAGCAAAUUUUGCUGCUUCCUCUAGACUGCUAAAUGUACAGUAAUGCGUCCAUCCUCCAUAAGCUUGGGUCUAAAUGGUAAUCUAACCUAGGGAUAUUAUAUUAAAAAUUUUUACUGCUAUUUUUCAUUAUAAGGAGCCUGAAUUUUCAUCUCUGUAUUAAGCUAAACAGAUUCUUGCUAACUCUUUUAUUCUGUGUAACUUUUUAUGUUGGAAAUGAACUCUGAAGACAAUAAAAUAUAGUGUUUUUAAAUCUUUUAAUAGAAAUGCUGUUCUGGAAAAACACUGUGUGUAAUUUUAUAGAUGCUUAUGGAAGCUUAUUUCUGCCACCUU